CGGGACAACAUAAACACAGAUAAGGACAACAUGCUGUAGGGGAGCUUAGGGCAGCUCCUCCUUCACUCUCCCGCACCUCCAGACAGAUAUACUACAUCCUUUUACAUAAAAAGAAGCACCCAUAAAAGUAUUGUGCUCAACACCUGACAUAAAAUGGAUAUUAAAUGCCUUGGAAAUCCAAAGAAGAGAUACACAACCUGCAAGUUUUGGACACGUAACAAAUGCAAAAACCACCCAGAGUUUUGUAAAUAUGUCCACAGCUAUGUUUGCCCAGAGAGAGAUCAGUGCGAGAGGUUUGAUUGUACCCUUCUCCAUGUUAACCAAGCUCACAAGAAAUUGUUGCAUCAGAAGACAGUAACUCAACACGCAGUGUCAAAGAAACCAACAGCUGUGCACAGGGGGAAGGACCGCAGGACAAGUUUGCCAGAAGCGAGCACGACUUCCGUCUUUAAGUGGUCAUCCAUUUCACCAAACUGGCGCUUCAAAAAUUCUGCUGUUAAGGACAAUUUUGCAUCAGAGGCCAAUUCUUCUCCAUUUGAUUGUUUUGAUGAAGAAUUAUGUAAAGGGCUGGAAGAAGUUGGGCAGGAGUUAGAUCGCUUUACAGAGGAGGCGUCAGAAAGCAGCCACUGUGACAAUGAAGUGAUAUGCUUGACAGAAGUGAAUAGUCAUUAUUCUGAACAUUCUUCUCCAAGCACUGCGCAUUGUAACAAAAAUGUGGUCAAGAGGAAGACAGUUUCUGAAGCUCCUUGUGAAUUGAAAAGAAAUCCUCCCGAAGUAGCAAGCGAGAUUGAAAUAUUGUAUCACACAAAAGAACUUGUUCACACGAAAAAAAAUGCAGUUAAAAAGAAAGUUAAGAAAGAUUUUCAGGGCAUAAUGGGUUUGAAAUCUCAGACCAAAUCUUUGCAAAUAAUAAAGCCUCAUCAGAGGGAUGUCCUUAAGUUGGAGGAGGAAAAUAAACAAGAUAAACAAGAUAAUGCCACUAGCCGUACCAUAUUGAAGAAACCACUUCUGGUUUCUGAUUCACAAGUCCAGGAUGCUCCUUCCACCAGUCUAGGAUCUCCACCUACUGUGGCUUUGAAGGCUGCACCUGCACUCAGGUCUUUACCUCUCACAAACACUAACCCUAAACAAAGAAAUUUCUUAGUACACUCUAGUAGUUCGCAUACUUCAAGAAUUAAUUCGGCUGAUAAAAGUUUACUUAAUGUAAGCAGCAGAAUUAUGGAUGGAACAGUUUCUCAGACAUCAGCAGUGAAUGAAACAGUUUCUCAGACACCAGCAGUGAAUGGAACAGUUUCUCAGACACCAGCAGUGAAUGAAACAGUUUCUCAGACAUCACCAGUGAAUGGAACAAUUUCUCAGACACCAGCAGUGAAUGGAACAGUUUUUCAGACACCAACAGUGAAUGGAACAGUUUCUCUGACACCAGCAGUGAAUGGAACAGUUUCUCAGACACCAGCAGUGACUGUAACAGUUUCUCUGACACCAGCAGUGAAUGGAACAGUUUCUCAGACAUCGGCAGUGAAUGAAACAGUUUCUCAGACACCAGCAGUGAAUGAAACAGUUUCUCAGACACCAACAGUGAAUGGAACAGUUUCUCAGACAUCGGCAGUGAAUGAAACAGUUUCUCAGACACCAGCAGUGAAUGAAACAGUUUCUCAGACACCAACAGUGAAUGGAACAGUUUCUCAGACAUCACCAGUGAAUGGAACAGUUUCUCAGACAUCACCAGUGAAUGAAACAGUUUCUCAGACACCAGUAGUGAAUGAAACAGUUUCUCAGACAUCACCAGUGAAUGGAACAGUUUCUCAGACAUCACCAGUGAAUGGAACAGUUUCUCAGACAUCAACAGUGAAUGGAACAGUUUCUCAGACAUCACCAGUGAAUGAAACAGUUUCUCAGACACCAACAGUGAAUGGAACAGUUUCUCAGACAUCACCAGUGAAUGAAACCGUUUCUCAGACACCAGUAGUGAAUGAAACAGUUUCUCAGACAACACCAGUGAAUGGAACAGUUUCUCAGACAUCAGCAGUGAAUGAAACAGUUUCUCAGACAUCAGCAGCGAAUGAAACAGUUUCUCAGACAGCAGUGAUUGGAACAGUUUCUCAGACAGCAGUGAUUGGAACAGUUUCUUAUGCACCUACAGUAAAUGGAACAGUUUCUGAUACACCUAUAGUGAAUGGGACAGUUUCUCAUACAUCAGCAGUGAAUGGAAUAGUUUCUUAUCCAUCAGCAGUGAAUGAAACAGUUCCUCAAACACCUGUAGUGAAUGGAACAGUUUCUCAUCCAUUGGCAGUGAAUGGAAUAGUUUCUCAUACACCUGGAGUUAAUGGAACAGUUUCUCAUCCAUCAGCAGUGAAUGAAACAGUUUCUCAGACAGCAGUGAAUGGAACAGUUUCUUAUGCACCUACAGUAAAUGGAACAGUUUCUGAUACAUCUAUAGUGAAUGGAACAGUUUCUUGCCAAUCAGCAGUUGAUACAAAAGAAGCUGGAGACUCGGGAUACAAAACUAACUUGUCAACCAAGAAGUCUAAAAUUAUUAAUGAACCUGACAAAGCACUUCAAGAACUGAAAUACAGUAAUACGAAUAUCAAAUUACCCACUGGAAAUUCUAGUAGUGACUGCCCGAGCCAUGAUAGCAGCUUUGUGUCCAAAGACCAGUGGCCUGUGAGCUCGUCUAAAUCUUCGCAGCCAAUAAAUCAGUCUGAAAACUCCAUUCCUGGUGGUGGAGACGAGGGUGGUGAUAAAGUAUGUGAAUUGAAGGCACUGUUAUCACAGAAGAAACUCUUGGUGAACAAGAUAAAGAGCUUGGUUAAAGAAAAGAAGAAUCUCUGUUUGCAGAGAGAUAAUGUUAUGAACAAUUUUUCAGGUGACACUACUAAACUUUCUCAGUAUUUUGAGGAAAAUUCUCAGGUUACCAAAAAAGUAUCUGCUCAGAUUCUCAUAUUUAAUGCCGAGAUUAAACUCACCAAUCAGAAAAUAAAUGACUUGGAAAAUAGUAAAAGUUUGAAGAAAGCUGUGUUACUGAAAGAUGACACAAAGGAAGAACAAGAGAGUGUUCUUGGAUGCUUUUUAUCGUCCAAAACACAAGAACAAACUCAUCAAGAUUGUUUUAACAAUAACAGUGAGAAUACAAGCAAUAAGGAGAAAAUGUUUGAAAAGAACCUUUCUGAAAGUCGGAAACUUUCUCAUGAAACUGAAAAAUUGGUCAACAUACACCAUAAAGAUGUCACCUCUCUAACUGAAGAGCCACUUAAAGGAAAUCUUGAAAUUCAGACACCUCAUUUGCCAGAACAGGAAAGGAAGAAAGAGGAACUUCCACAAGAUAAGCAAUGUGGAGAGUGGGUCCAAGUACCUCUUAUUGAACAUAAAACUGGUAAUAGUAUAUGCAACAUAGCAAGAUCAAGUAGAAAUAUAACGUCCCAUCCAGAGCAGCUUCGGCAAGCCCAGUUACCGUACAGUGUCCAGGAAAACAAUAUUGUAAAUAAGCCAGUGAACAAAGAUGAUAGUAAAUGUGACAAGACUUCUCCCCACAAAGCGAAAAUGUCAGACUCGUCAAAGGACUUGAGCACACACUGGUGCAGGUUAUGUAAUGUGUUUUUUACGCAUAUAUGUGGAUUUGUGAAGCACCUGGAGUCGUCAUCCCAUAUGGAGAAACUUAAGGAAGAGAGUAAAGAGACAUGGGUGCAGAAGAUGCCGCAAUACACAACCAAGAAUCACUCGGAGGUUAUUGAAGGAAAAUCAGAAACUGUUGGGGCUGAAUUUCUUCAUUCAACCAAGAUCUUCAUUUGUGAGUUGUGCGAAAGUAUUUUGUGGAACGCACAAGAUGCUGCUCUUCACCCCCAGUCCUCUCACCAUGCCCAAAAGUAUAAGGAACAUGUCCAAAAAAACACGGAUCAAGAAAGAAGUUUCCUGACGGAAAAAAUGAAUGCAUUAACUAAGUAUUUCAAAGAGAGAAAAGCUAGAUCACAAAAUAACCCAACAAAAGAAACCAGUAAAGUUAUUAUUACUGAAGGUGCCCAUAAGCAAUCAGAAAAUGGUUCCAGAGAUCAACGUGUAUUGCAUAAAUCAGAGUCGCCUCUUUCUCAUCCAUGCGGUGGAUUGAGCAAGAAGCGAAAAUCUCUCUCUCUUGAGGACUAUAGCAAAAGAACAAAAUUUGCAUGAGAGGAGAAAAGUGAAAUAUAGACUGAUGAUAUUAACAAUUGAGAGAGGAAACUAUCACUAAGAUUCUAAUAGUUCCAGAAAAAGUAAUACAAAGAACAUAAUUCCAGAAACUAAACAUAAAUUUGGUGCCUCUACAUUAGAAGAGCUUCACAAAGAUUUUAUUGGAACAGAAAUGAAAUCCAUCAGUUAUCCUGAACUGAAAUAUUGAAAUGAGAUCUUUUCGGCACUUACCAAUGAACACUAGAUAAGGGAAGGCUUUCUAGUGUCUCAGAAAGCCCAAGUGUAAAUUAAAUACACUAAGAUCUUCUAAAUAUCAUAUUGAUACUGAAGUGGUCAUAAGUAUAAUCAUGGUACAGGCAGGUAUAGGAAGACUCGAGUGAUGAUUGAGUACAAAAUUGAAGGAUGAGAGGUUAUCCAUAUUAGGGAGUCACCAAAAAUGUCUCCAAGGUCUGGGUAUUUAUCAACCAAAGAUUUUAGCAUUUAAAUAUUACUAUACAGUGUGUAUGGAUGUGCAUACUGUAUAGGAUUGCUUAAAUCUAAAGACACGUAUAUAAAAAAUAUAACAAACUAUUCCUACGGACAUUAUCCAAAUUCUUGAAUCAUUAGCUGCCAAGCAAAACCUCAUUUUCUCUCCUCAGGCACUGGGAAUAUUGUGGUCUCUCAAAGCCAAGUAUCUCAGGAGGGGGGUAAGUGUGUGCACUGUAACACCCAUUAUAAGCUUUAAAUUGUAAUUGUAAAGUCAAGAUUGCCAAAUAGCAUAUGCUAAAAAAUGCGAGAAGAAAAAUUGCGUAAAUAUUAAAUCAAAUGAAAAAACUACAAAAACCCAAUUGUUUUAAAUGCAAAGAAUGGCAGCAUCUUGUAUGUAGUGACUUAAACAUUUGAGACCUUAAAUGUAAAUGUGUUUCCCUUCUCAAUGGGAUUUUCUGUGGGAAGCCCCAACGGCUCCCUGAAGCUAUCAGACUGAUUUAUGCUAUAUUAGUCUGGGGCAUCAGUCACAUGGAGUUCUUAACUACCGGGAACCACGAGCCAAAACCU